AGAGAGAGAGCCAGAGAGAGGGAGGGAGGGAGAAAGGCGGUGAGAGGCGGGGGCCUCGAGAGGGUGGAAGGAGGGAAGAGAAGGGCGGGGCACGGAGGCCCGAUCGAGGGACCGGACUCAAAUCUGACUUCUUCUGCCACUCUCGGAUUCAGGCAUCUUACCUGCCCCUGUGCCAACAACCUCUUGAAGUGACCGUUGUCUCCUGACGUCCCACCCCAGGCUUCCAACACAGCCAUGUCUCUCCUCCUGCUGGUGGUCUCUGCCCUCCACAUCCUCAUUCUCAUCCUGCUUUUCGUGGCCACUUUGGACAAGUCCUGGUGGACUCUCCCCGGCAAGGAGUCCCUGAAUCUCUGGUACGACUGCACAUGGAACAGUGAGAACAAAACGUGGGCCUGCAGUAACGUCAGCGAGAAUGGCUGGCUGAAAGCAGUACAAGUCCUCAUGGUGCUUUCCCUCAUCCUCUGCUGUCUGUCCUUCAUCCUGUUCAUGUUCCAGCUCUACACCAUGCGGCGAGGAGGGCUAUUCUAUGCCACUGGCUUCUGCCAGCUUUGCACCAGCGUGGCGGUGUUUACCGGGGCGCUGAUCUACGCCAUUCGUGCCGAAGAGAUCCUGGCGGACCGCCCGCCGGGGGGCAGCUUUGGUUACUGCUUCGCCCUGGCCUGGGUGGCCUUCCCCCUCGCCCUGGCCAGCGGCAUCAUCUACAUCCACUUGCGGAAGCGGGAGUGAGGGCUGCGCCUCCCCUUGGUUCCCCAGCCGACUCCCGGCCCCUCCAUCUCACCCGCAAGCCCCCACCCCUCCUCCUUUUCUAUUUUAAACAGAAAAUAAAACUGUUUAGCCGCCG